AUGCCCGACCACGGUCAAUUGCCGAAUGUCAACAUCCAUUACUCCAUUCCCGCAGAUGAGAAACAGAUUGUCGCGUCUCUACGCACUCUCCAACGCGAUCUCAACGAAGCCAUACAGACCAUCAAUUCUUUAACCCGCGAACGCGACGAAGCCCUGCUUGAGCUUAGGUUGCUUAGAGCUGCAUCUAAGAAACAAAGCACGCCCGUGAGGAAAAACAGAGCUGCUUCACGCGUUGAGGAGGAACUGUUCGACAUCAGCCGGUCCAUGACUCCAGAAGAAGGUCCAGCCCGCCGAGCUUCACUGAGAGAGAAGACCUCAGAACCCAAAGGAGAAGCCAAGACCACCAUCUCUGACGAGGCCCGUGUCCUGUCACCUGUCAACAUCAACCCACCGCUGUCUCCCAACGCUGAGAAACGACUGAGCAGCAAGAACGAGGCCAACGCCAGGAGCAGAAUCCAGCCCUACCAGAGACCAACAGUCAAUGACACCGAAAACAGCGUCCUGGAAGACCCUACUGCCGCAUCGAACACUUCGCGCCGCCGACGCCACGCUGCCCUCGACGACAAUAUGACCUCGGCAUACAUCAUUCCGGAUAUCACUGUCAGUCAGCCCGCAAGAGCCGAGGUCUCAAAAGAGGCUCGACAUGUCCUCCACCGCCAUGGCAGUGACCCAGAUCACAGUGACAACUGCACCGUCUGCCAACGCCUCACAGCUCCAGCUCGAGCAUCCAAACAGCUUGCUCGCACCAUUCGCUCCACAUCCGCUCCGGCCGAAAAGCUUCCCCGUAACAUCCGCGCCACAUCCGCGCCAGUUGAGUCCAGACCCGACUUCACCGCCCAAGUCACCCACCUGAUGAAGGAAAACAUGCUCGAGGAACCGACAUUGCGGCCCAGGAUCCACCCCUGGCACGCUCUUGCUAAUGUCAGGCAGCUUCUGACCGAUCAGUUCGAGGAAGCCAAGCGGAAGCAUGCCCUUGCGUGGGAGCAGUACGAUGCGAUUGAGGCCCCCUUGAACAGCAAGAAGCAUGCGGCUGCGAGUGAACAGCUGUUUUACUGGUCGAAGAAAAUGGAGGAGUGUCGGAUCAACUUGGAUCAACUGAGGGAUGUCGAGGAGGGGAUGAAAGACGACGAGAGUCAGUAG